UUUAUACAUUUAACUUAGCACAUUGCACGUUGAAGUUGAAGGAUAGCUAUACUACUAUUUUAAGAUACGAAAAUGGCUUUCAUCAGUUACACUACACAAGGCUUCAUCCUCCUCCUAGCUGCUGCUUCUCUAUUGGCAGUGAGCGAGGCCAAAACCAUUGUCGUCGGAGGGAGUGAAGGCUGGCGUUUUGGCUUCAACUACACAGAAUGGGUCCUCCAAAACAGCCCUUUCUACAUUAACGAUGAACUGGUUUUCAAGUAUGAUCCCCCAAGUGAGAAGAACAGCGGCUACAGCGUGUACCUGCUGCCAAACCUUUAUAGCUACAUAAGCUGUGACUUCAGCAAAGCUAAGAUAUUGGCCGGUCCAAACCAGGGAGCCGGCAAGGGCUUCAAAGUUGAGCUUAACCAGUGGAGGCCUUACUACUUUGCCAGCGGUGACAAAGAUGGCUACAAUUGCAAGGACGGACUCAUGAAGCUCUUCGCUGUGCCACUUCCGCAUUGGAACAACUGAUGAUUCAUAUUCACAAUCAGCAUGAUCCGCAUUGGAAUAACUAUACACACAUACACAUACAUUUACAGUCUUACACAUACCCCACACGCACCCCAGAUUGAUUCGUAUUAUGUAUUGAAUAAUUCUGGAUGAAUCUGAGUGAGAAUAAUGAAUACGGUGAUCGAUCUUCUUCUUUCUUUUUGACAAUAUUAGUAUACUUUCUUCUUCUUUUUUGAGAAGAAUUAGUGCAUGUAUACUUGGAAGCUUCUUUGAACCAUAAGUUCUUUUCUACCCCUCUAA